GAGCCGCGCGCGGCACUAGGCCCCGAGCGGCCGCGCGCUCCCCGUGACGGCGCCGCGCGCGCCCCGCUCCGCCGGCGGCAGCGCCAGGGUAGCUCCAGCUAGAAGCCUCGGGUGAUGGCUGUUGCUGAAGUCACUGCCAGUGCUUGCUGCCUGCCUGUCAGCUGGAGCUCUGCUGUGCCUCCUCCGCUGCUGUCAGUCCAGGCACUGCCCAGCCCACCUCUGUCAGAACAUGCACAAGGAAUUUAGGACAGACGAUUUUUGCUUCUUUGCCCUAUGUCGCAUUUUUAAGCUGUUGCAACUGAAAUGUUUCUUCCACUUUCAUUUUGAGGUCAUCCUUUGAAUAUUAAUCUACAGUUACCUCAGUAUUUCAGAGUUUGUUCAUAGUUUGGGUAAAUGAUGGCUCAGCUCCAGCAAGGAGGUCCAGAUGAAAAAGAGAAGACCACUGCAUUAAAGGAUUUAUUGUCUAGAAUAGACUUGGAUGAACUAAUGAAAAAAGAUGAGCCACCACUUGAAUUUCCUGAUACUUUGGAAGGAUUUGAGUACAUUUUUAAUGAAAAAGGGCAAUUAAGACACAUUAAAACUGGGGAGCCAUUUGUUUUUAAUUAUCGUGAAGAUUUGCAUAGAUGGAACCAAAAGCGCUAUGAAGCCCUCGGAGAGAUCAUUACUAAAUACAUUUAUGAACUACUGCAGAACGAAUGCCACUUGAAGAAAGUAACUCUUCCAGUUGAUGCAAUUGAGACUGAACCAAAGAGCUUUAUCUUUAUGAGUGAAGAUGCAUUAGUAAAUCCUGACAAGCUGUUGGUCCUAAUUCAUGGUAAUGGCGUUGUUAGAGCUGGUCAGUGGGCUAGGAGACUUAUAAUUAAUGAAGAUCUGGACAGUGGGACACAGAUACCAUACAUAAAGAGAGCUAUUGAGGAAGGCUAUGGAGUAAUAGUUCUGAAUCCCAAUGAGAACUAUAUUGAAGUUGAGAAGACAAAAGCCCAAGUACCGCUGUCUUCUGAUAUCUCAGAUGAACCUGCAGAAAAGAGAGAAAGAAAAGAUAAAAUCCAGAAGGAAACCAAGAAGCGACGUGACUUCUAUGAAAAGUAUCGAAAUCCACAAAAAGAAAAAGAAACUAUGCAGAUCUAUAUUAGAGAUAAUGGCUCUCCUGAAGAACAUGCGAUUUAUGUUUGGGACCAUUUUAUUUCCCAGUCAGCUGCAGAGAAUGUAUUUUUUGUUGCUCACAGUUAUGGUGGACUUGCCUUUGUAGAGUUGAUGAUUCAACGAGAGGCAGAAGUAAAGAAUAGGGUAACUGCUGUGGCGUUGACAGACUCAGUUCACAAUGUGUGGCAUCAAGAAGUUGGGAAAACUAUUAGAGAGUGGAUGCGAGAGAACUGCUGUAACUGGGUGUCCAGCUCCGAGCCCCUGGACACAUCGGUGGAGUCCAUGCUGCCAGACUGUCCCCGUGUCUCUGCAGGUACAGAACGCCAUGAACUAACUUCUUGGAAGAGUUUUCCAUCUGUUUUCAAAUUCUUCAGUGAGGCUGUAAAGGCAAAGAACAGCUUGGUGAAACCAACCCCAACAAGGCGCUCCAACAGGAUAAAAUACGAAGAAUUCUAAAAGGAGGGGAGGAAAAAAACCCAACACCACCAAUGUCUUUGCUGCUUGUUUUCUGCAAGGAGUCUCCCAGCCCCUCAUUAGAUUGUUUUCUUCCUAGAGCACAGGGUCGUGAUAUAUACAUCUAAAUAGCGUUUUGCAUUAUUUCUAGAUGAGUGCAACUGUCAAAGCAAUAUGGGUUCACUGGUUGUGCUUCCUGUGGGCUGUAACUUGGAUUUUGUGCUGCCCAUCAGUGUGCAGAUUAAGGCUGACAGUGGUACUGCACAGUGCAGCAUGGUGCAGCUCUAAUUGCCCUGACAUAGCCCUGCACCAAGCUGAUGCCAGAAUUUAACAGCUUCUUCGCAGUCCUGUUGCCUGCAGGAUAUUUUGCAGCUUCCUUCUAUUUUGAGACAGAACAAAAUACAAAUUACUCUUUUCUAAAAGAUGGACCUUACUCAAACGUGUUAACCAGCCUAUGAUUUUACACCUAGUAGCCUUCUCUUUCUCUGGGACCAAGUGGAAUUGACUUCUAACUCUCUCAUUUUUCUGCUGGCAAGAAUGUCCAAGAAGUUUGGCCCAGAAUUCUAGAAAGGCUCUGUUGUUGAAGAGUUUUUCUCUUGCUAGAUCAACAGCAUUAUCUGUAGAUCUUCUCUUCCUUUGGAAAGCUCUACUUUAAAAAAUGCAUAUUCAUUAACAGGCUGGAUCACACUGUGAAAUAUGACAGGAAAAAAAACAAAAGACA